AUGUCUCUGUCACAGAUGAAAGGCUUUGCAUUGCCCACUAAGAGCACAGAAGUCAUGGUCAUGCCGGAGCAAGGGACCACCAAGAUGUAUGUAGACGCCAUCCUCAAGACCCAUGAGCGAAUUGUUCAGCUCAGCCAACUAAACGCCACAUUAUGCCCCAUCUUUAUGGAGGUUAUGUUGAAGAAUCAGCCAGAGGGGUUUCAAGUCUCUGUAAAGCCACACACAGAGGCAGAUUACCAAGCCCGUUUCAAGGCACGUCCAGAGCUAGAGGGACUGAUGGCACAGAUGACCUAGUGAGAGCAAAGACUGUUCACCCCACCCUUUUACGUCAGCUGUCAUCAUACUUCUUCUGACAUCUACUGUUUCAUCUUUUUUUCAUCACAUGUUUUUUUUUUAUAUAUAUAAAUUAAUUUGGGAUGA